AUGAUUAUGGAAGCAAAAAGUCGUCUUUUUAUUUCAUUUAUGAGUUCAUUUUAUUUCUCACAAUGUUUAUAUUUGUCUACCUUACUCUCUCUCUUUCUAUUUGUGUUUAAGUCUCUCUCUCUCUCUCUCUUUCUAUUUGUGUUUAAGUCUCUCUCUCUCUCUUUCUAUUUGUGUUUAAGUCUCUCUCUCUCUUUCUAUUUGUGUUUAUGUCUCUUUCUUUCUAGUCUUUCUCUCUCUCUUUUCUAUUUGUGUUUAAGUCUCUCUCUCUCUCUUUUGUGUUUAAGUCUCUCUCUCUUCUCUUUUCUAUUUGUUUUAAGUCUCUCUCUCUCUUUCUAUUUGUGUUUAAGUCUCUCUCUCUCUCUUUCUCUCUCUCUCUUUCUAUUUGUGUUUGUGUUUAAGUCUCUAUGUCUCUCGUUCUGUUUUCUCUCUCUCCUCUCGUUCUAUUCUUUAGUUUUUCUCUCUCUCUCCUUUUUUUUCAUCUCUAUGUCUCUCUCCUUUUAUUUUUCUCUCUCUCUCUUUUCCUUUAGUUUUCUCUCUCUCUCUCUUUCUAUCCGUUUUCUCUCUCUCUCUCUCUCCUUUCAGUUUUUUCUUUCUCUCUCUCUCUCUCUUUCUUUCCUUUCCCCUCUCUUUCUCUCUCUCCUUUUAGUUUUUCUCUCUCUCUCUCUCUCUCACCCUCCUUUUUAUCUCUCUCUCCUCUCUCUCUUUAGUUUUUCUCUCUCUCUCUUUUGUUUUCUCUCUCUCCCUUUGUUUUUCUCUCUCUCUCUCUCUCUCUCCUUUCUGUUUUUCUCUCUCUCUCUCCUUUUGUUUUUCUCUCUCUCUCCUUUUGUUUCUCUCUCUCUCUCCCUUUUGUUUCUCUCUCUCUCUCCUCCUCUUCUUUUCUCUCUCUCUCACCUCUUCUUUUCUCUCUCUCUCUCUCCUCUCCUCUCUCUCUCUCUUCUUUUCUUUCUCUCUCUCUCUCCUCUUCUUUUCUCUCUCUCUCUCCUCUCUUUUCUCUCUCUCUCUCUCUUUUUUCUCUCUCUCUCUCUCACUCCUCUUCUUUUUCUCUCUCUCUCUCUCACUCCUCUUCUUUUUCUCUCUCUCUCUCUCUCUUUCUUUUUCUCUCUCUCUCUCUCCUCCUCUUUUCUCUCUCUCUCCUCUUCUUUUCUCUCUCUCACUCUUCUUCUUUUCUCUCUCCUCUUCUUUUUCUCUCUCUCACUCUUCUUUUUCUCUCUCCUCUUCUUUUUCUCUCUCUCUCACUCCUCUUCUUUUUCUCUUUCUCACGUUUAUUUAAAGUAUAUAAAAGGAAAGGGCAUACUCUCUCUUUCUCACUCUCGCUUUGUUCUCUCUCUUUCUCUCUCUCUCUCUCUCUCUCUAUCUGUGCCCCCCCCCCCCGACUGCAGACCCGAAACCGUUUCUUUGGGUCCCCACGUGGGCGGCUGCCGGUCUCGUGCUCUCUGUAGAAUACAGUUUCUGGGAGGCGACUGCCUGACAUCCGCACAGCAUGCCCAACCCAAUGCAGAAGGCGCUGUCGUUUCUCCAUCUCUCUCUCUCUCUCUCUCUCUCUCUCUCUCUCUCUCUCUCUCUCUCUCUCUCUCUCUCUAUCUGAACUUACUCUUUUCCUCUCUCCCAUUUUCUUUCUCUCUCUCUUUCUCUAUCUCUCUCUUUCUCUAUCUCUCUCUUUCUCUAUCUCUCUCUUUCUCUAUCUCUCUCUUUCUCUAUCUCUCUCUUUCUCUUUCUCAUUUCUAA